AUGGGCAGGUGCCUACCAGACCGAGCUCAGCUGUUUUAUCUUGCUUGCUUGUUGUGUUGCCUGAGACUGGAAGACUUCCUGCUCUGCAGCCUCCAGAUCAAGACCCUUUCGCAUUCUGCAUUUUUCAGACAGUUGCCAGUUGAGGGCAAGAUCAUCAAGGCGCGGAUCUGGGACACGGCAGGCCAAGAGAGGUACCGAGCAAUCACAAGCGCCUACUACCGUGGGGCGCUUGGCGCGGUCCUGGUCUACGAUGUGAGCAAGCCCACCACCUUCGAGAACAUCAGUCGGUGGCUCAAGGAGCUACGCGACCACGCCGACUCCAACAUCAGAAUCAUGCUCGUCGGCAACAAGACCGAUCUGAGGCACCUCCGGGCUGUCGCCACUGAUGACGCACAGAGCUUCGCCGAGGCAGAAGGUCUAUCCUACAUUAAGACGUCCUCGCUGGAGGCAACCAACGUGGAGGAGGCAUUCCAGCUGAUCCUGGGCGACAUUUACCGGGCCAUCAGCAAGAAGCCUGUGGCCUCAGAUGAAGCCGGCCAGGGCGCUGCUGGAGGCGUCAAGGAAGGUAAGACCAUCAAUGUGGCGACGGGUGGUGGUGCCGCUGCUGAGAAGAAGCAAUGCUGCUCAGCUUACAGCCCAUGGUGA